AUGAAUGGAACAGAGGGUCCAAAUUUCUAUGUGCCCAUGUCCAACAAGACAGGGAUAGUACGGAAUCCAUUUGAGUAUCCUCAGUACUACCUUGCUGACCCAUGGAAGUUCUCUGUACUGUCUGCUUACAUGUUUCUGCUGAUCCUCCUUGGCUUCCCUGUCAAUUUCCUGACUCUGUAUGUCACCAUCCAACACAAGAAACUCCGGACGCCCCUCAACUACAUCCUUUUGAACCUGGCCUUUGCUAACCUCUUCAUGGUCUUUGGAGGAUUCACCACCACCAUGUACACCUCAAUGCAUGGUUAUUUUAUCUUUGGGACAACAGGCUGCAACGUUGAAGGUUUCUUUGCUACACUGGGUGGUGAAAUAGCUCUGUGGUCCCUAGUAGUCUUGGCCAUUGAAAGAUAUGUGGUGGUCUGCAAGCCCAUGAGCAACUUCCGAUUUAGUGAGACCCAUGCCCUCAUGGGUAUCAUUUUCACCUGGGUCAUGGCCCUGGCCUGUGCUGCUCCUCCACUGUUUGGAUGGUCUAGGUACAUCCCAGAGGGUUUGCAGUGCUCAUGUGGAAUUGAUUAUUACACUCUGAAACCUGAGGUCCACAACGAAUCUUUUGUCAUCUACAUGUUUGUGGUUCACUUCCUCAUUCCACUGAUCAUCAUUUCCUUCUGUUAUGGACGCCUGGUCUGCACUGUUAAAGAGGCUGCAGCUCAGCAGCAGGAAUCUGCCACCACCCAGAAAGCCGAGAGAGAAGUUACUCGCAUGGUCAUCAUCAUGGUUAUUUCGUUCCUCGUUUGCUGGGUCCCCUAUGCCAGCGUUGCUUUCUACAUUUUCACCCACCAGGGAUCUGACUUUGGCCCUGUCUUCAUGACCAUCCCAGCUUUCUUCGCCAAGAGCUCUGCUAUCUACAACCCGGUGAUUUACAUUGUAAUGAACAAACAGUUCCGUAACUGCAUGAUCACCACCAUUUGCUGUGGAAAGAACCUGCUGGGUGAUGACGACGCUUCUGCUGGCACCAAGACAGAGACUUCCUCAGUCUCCACCAGCCAGGUUUCUCCUGCAUAG